AGGGAGGCUGAACGUGCUGGCUAACGUGAUCCGGAAGGAGCUGGACCAAAUCUUCUGCCAGUUCGACUCCAAACUAGAGGCCGCUGACGAGGGUUCUGGUGAUGUGAAGUACCAUUUGGGGAUGUAUCACAAGAGGAUGAACCGGGUCAGCGACCGGGAAAUCACCAUGUCGCUCAUGGCGAACCCGUCCCACCUGGAGGCGGUGGACCCGGUGGUGCAGGGAAAAACCAAGGCGGAGCAGUUUUACUGUGGAGACACGGAGGGCAAGAGAGUGAUGUCUAUUCUGCUUCACGGUGAUGCUGCGUUUGCAGGGCAGGGAAUCGUGUACGAGACGUUCCACCUGUCUGACCUGCCGUCCUACACCACGCACGGCACCGUACACGUGGUCGUCAACAACCAGAUUGGUUUCACCACAGAUCCCAGGAUGGCACGUUCAUCUCCUUAUCCCACAGAUGUCGCUCGAGUCGUCAACGCUCCCAUCUUCCACGUUAAUGCGGACGACCCGGAGGCCGUGAUGUACGUGUGUAAAGUGGCGGCCGAAUGGAGGAACACCUUCCAUAAAGAUGUCGUUGUAGACCUGGUGUGCUACAGACGUAACGGCCACAACGAGAUGGACGAGCCCAUGUUCACCCAGCCGCUGAUGUACAAGCAGAUCAAGAAGCAAAAAGGCGUCCUGCAGAAGUUUGCUGAAAAACUAAUCGCAGAGGGAGUCGUGACGGCGCAGGCGUACGAGGAGGAAAUAGCAAGGUACGAUAAAAUCUGUGAGGACGCUUACGCUCGCUCCAAAGACGAGAAGAUCCUUCACAUCAAACACUGGCUGGACUCACCAUGGCCCGAGUUUUUCACGUUGGAGGGACAGCCCAAAACCAUGAACUGCCCUUCUACUGGCAUCAGUGAAGAAGAGCUCGGCCACAUUGGAAACAUUGCCGCCUCUGUCCCU